UCCUUCUUUCACAAGAUGGCCGCCCCGGCAGUAACAGCGAGUGAUCCUCCCGCCAAUCCCGGCCCAGCCCCGGCGGCGGCUCCAGCGUUAGCCCCAGCUUCAACCCCAGCCCCAGCGCCAACGCCAGCUCCAGCGCCGGCUGCGGCUCCGGCCUCAUCUUCAGACCCGGCGGCGGCAGCGGCUACAGCUACAGCUCCGGGUCAGACCCCGGCGUCAGCGCAAGCCCCAUCGCAGACCCCGGCGCCCGCACUGACUGGUCCGGCUCUCCCAGGGCCCUUCCCUGGCGGCCGUGUGGUGAAACUUCACCCAGUCAUUUUGGCCUCCAUCGUGGACAGCUACGAGCGACGAAAUGAGGGAGCUGCCCGUGUUAUCGGAACUCUGCUGGGAACCGUUGACAAGCACUCAGUGGAGGUCACCAAUUGCUUUUCAGUGCCGCACAAUGAGUCAGAAGAUGAAGUGGCUGUUGACAUGGAAUUUGCUAAGAACAUGUAUGAAUUGCACAAAAAAGUCUCUCCAAAUGAGCUCAUCUUAGGCUGGUAUGCUACAGGCCAUGAUAUCACAGAACACUCUGUGCUGAUCCAUGAGUACUACAGCCGGGAGGCCCCCAACCCCAUUCACCUCACUGUGGACACAAGUCUCCAGAAUGGCCGCAUGAGCAUCAAAGCCUAUGUCAGCACUUUAAUGGGUGUCCCUGGGAGGACCAUGGGAGUGAUGUUCACACCUCUAACAGUGAAAUACGCAUAUUACGACACUGAACGCAUUGGAGUUGACCUGAUCAUGAAGACCUGUUUUAGCCCGAACCGAGUGAUUGGACUCUCAAGUGACUUGCAGCAAGUAGGAGGGGCAUCAGCUCGUAUCCAGGAUGCCUUAAGCACAGUGUUGCAGUAUGCAGAGGAUGUACUGUCUGGAAAGGUGUCAGCUGACAAUACUGUGGGCCGCUUCUUGAUGAGCCUGGUUAACCAAGUACCCAAAAUUGCUCCUGACGACUUCGAGACCAUGCUCAACAGCAACAUCAAUGACCUGCUGAUGGUGACCUAUCUGGCCAAUCUCACACAGUCACAGAUUGCCCUCAAUGAGAAACUUGUAAACCUGUGAAUGGGCCCCAAGCAGCACUUCUGCCAGGCUGGUUCUCGCGCUAGGACUCAGAAUGAAGUAAAGGAGAAAUGGCUUCUUUGUGGUCUUGAGUCGCACUGAGUGAGUCAAGUGCUUGUGACUCUAAUAAACAUAGCCUACCUUUUGUAAGUGAA